ACUUUGUUUCGGAGCGAGAACUUGACAGCAAGAGGUGGUUGUUGCUAGCAGUCCGUUGACGGCGCUGCUUCUUGAUUUCCAUUUCCAUUACCCCUCGCGCAGCCGCACCGGCCAUGGUGGUCGCCUAGUUGCGCAUCCAGAGAGGUGUUCGGAAGCGGCGCGCGCAACCCUGCGUCUUCCAUUUCCCUGGGACGAUCCCCACCUGGUGCAAAUAUAUACACAGGCAGAGCCACUUGAGCCCUUCCUCUGGCAACCAUGUCUUCCACUUACACGCUAUACCCGUCGUCAGUCGCCGACAACACCGCGACCCAGCGAGAACGGACUGGCGAGCCCCACAACCUCCCACCCCAGGACGGCCAGCAAUAUUAUAUCCAACCUUCCACCCCCCUCAUUACUGGUCACCUGUCGACCUUCUCGCCCCAGAUCAGGAGCAAUUCGGGCUCGCCCGCCCUCAACAGCUCCCAGCAGACGCCUGCCGACUCCACCCCGCUCAGUAUCCACUACCAGUCAAGCGAAUAUAGCGAGGCCGGCGACCCCUUCUUCGGUGUCAACUUCAACGAGGAAGGCUCUCCGUCCUUUCUGGACGACGAGUUCCCCCUGGGAAACGAUGAGCUACUGGUCGGCCACCAAGGUGCUGCCUACCUCCCACUGAGCCCCGACAAGACCCCCUCGUUACACACAAGCUCUCCCGAGCAAAAGGGAGACCGGGCCAUCUUCGCCGAGCUGAGUCGGGAAUUUGUCCCGACCCAGGAGCUGUCCAUUCUCACCAACCAGUCCUCCAUCUCGGCGGAGAGCCCGCAACCUGGAUACCAGCUAACCCCGCAGACUAGCGGCAGUGGAAAGUCGAGCGACGACGGUCUCGCGCCGGCUGCGGCCAUCAUGCCUGCCCACAGCCCCCGAGUUACGGUUUCUAUGUACGGAAAAGACCACCUUGCGGAUGAAACUGUCUCUCACGAACCGCAGCCUACGUCUUCCCCAUUCGCCCCUGCUCGUGACAACACGGGAACCUGGAUGGCGGACCGUGCUACUGGGCAGCGUGGCCUGGGCCCGGAUAGUCGCCCUGCAACCGAGGUGCCGAGUCUGAACGAACUGACUGCCCAGCGGGAGCUGAAUGACCGGAAUCAUGAAGUCGACGAAUGGUUGGCUAGGUCCCGGCCCCUGCCUACAGGUGCGCGCUCCCACACGGGUAUCCCCGUUCAUGAGCAACCAUCUCUCCAGCCAAUUGAUGGCGACGACAACGUACCUCUGCGGGAGAUUGAGCUUGGAGACGAGACAGAAAACAACCCAGUCCCAGGCCAGACCUAUUAUGUCGAGUCUGGAGGUAUGUUGACGGAGCAAGAUGUGGAAAUUAUGCGGCAGAACCGCAACUGGGCAGAUGCACCCCUGACUUUCUCCAUCUUCAAGUCGGGGUCUUCUCGCUACCAACCGGAGACGUCACAGGCCGCGAUCGAGAAGUUCGAGAAGAUGUGCCGCGAUAAUGCUUCGUUCGUCUCGAGAGCAGCAACUUGGGGAACACGCCGUCGUAGUCUGCCGAGUGUUGCGGACAUUGAUGGCGUCACUAGUGGUAACUUCUUAAAGAAGUUAUCGCUUAGCCGAGGAGACACGCGGCGGCCUAGCAUUUUCAAGGAGCUUCGAGGCCUUGUCAGGAAACCGAGCGGCUCCCGGAAUAAGCGAAGCCGCGGCGACAACGAUGAUGCCGCCUCGCGCGACACAGACUCUUCCCCAGAGCGCGAGCAGUCCAGGCUCGCACCUCCGAGUCCGUCACCCGGCAGGGGCAAGAAACAAGGAGUACCGAGCAUCAACACGGCAUUCAUAGCCAUGGGAAGCAACAUAGCAUCGAUUGGCACUACCCACGCCCGGAGUGGCUCCAUCAGCGCAACUCCCAUAACGUCGCCUAAAAGCCCGAGCGGUUUCUCCCUCGGUGUGAGGAAGCCUCUAAACCGCAUCCGCAGCAAGUCGGAUCUUACCAAGAACCAAACCUCAAGUAUUGCCGAUAUGUGGAAGAAAAGUGGCGGCCCUCCAGUGGCAAAUCUGGCGAAAGCCCCUGCCAACAUGGCGGAACCCGACGACGAGGAUGAUGACGACGACGACCUGGACGACAUGGACAUCAAGCAGGAGGCUGACAAGACAAUGCACGACAUCACGCCAAACUUUGCUGGAUUCCAGCAACACGUCUUGAAAUUGAAUCCUCUCCUAGCCACCACGAACAACUAUCUAGUCGACCGUAUCGCGCACCAGCAAAUCGUGCGGUAUAAGAGCCUCCUCAAUUCAAGGGUAAAACACCUGCAGUGUACGGCGGCCAAGAACUGUCCGUGUGGGGCUAUGUGUAUUGCACUGGGCGGCAGCGCAAAUGUUCUCGACUCCAAGGGGGAUGCGCGUGGGCUGGAUCCGAUGUCAGCACGGUACGAUGGCUCAGAUGGGGACAUUACACCGCUGGAAGGCGCUAUCAAUCCGGACAGCUUCCCUAUCGACAUUCCCAUGCCACCCACGAGCACCCUGCCGGCUGAAUUCGAAUGUCAGCUGUGCUUCCAGGCCAAGAAAUUCCAGAAACCGUCCGACUGGACCAAGCACGUACACGAAGACGUCCAACCAUUCACAUGUACCUGGGACCGUUGCCGAGAUCCCAAGAUUUUCAAAAGAAAAGCCGACUGGGUUCGCCACGAGAACGAAGGCCACCGGCACCUUGAAUGGUGGACGUGCGAUUACGAGGACUGCCGCCACGUGUGUUAUCGUCGCGACAACUUCCUCCAGCACCUCGUGCGCGAACACAAGUUUCCCGAGCCCAAGGUGAAGACAAAAGCCGCCAUUAAGCGUGCUGGCGGCAUGGAUCCGACCUGGCAGAAGGUGGAGCAGUGCCACGAAGAGACACGGGCUUCACCUCAUGACGAGCCCUGCCGGUUCUGCGCCAAGACGUUCCCGACCUGGAAGAAGUUGACAGUUCACUUGGCAAAGCAUAUGGAGCAGAUUAGCCUGCCCAUCCUUAAACUAGUUGCCCGUAAAGACCUCGAGGCCGACACCAUCAUCAGCCCUGUUCAAGACCCUCCGCCCCGGCCGUUCCCUACCAUCUUUGCCACUAAGCAGGAGCCGCGGUCCUACGACCCAUCGUCGGCGAACAUGUCCCACACGCCGCUAAGCCACCAGCCCGGAGGCUUACUAGCCUAUCCAAACGCAGCCCCAGCACAACAAACGUACGGGUACCAGCCCAUCGUUCCUCCUGGCUUCCAGUCACCUAUUUACGGCAGUGGUUACGACGUCUCGGUCGGUAUGGGCGGCCCGACACCGCUGAGUAUGGCAAACAUUGCCCAUCACCCUGUCACCCACGGAUAUGCGAAUCUCGACACUCAGGCGUACGCCAACCUUCCUGUGACGACGACGUACAUUGGAGCGCCCAACCAGUACAGCUCGGUCGCACCAGAUCUCGAGCCAUUCCCUGCCAUGGUGAAUAUGAACGCGCUGGGGCUAUCCGAUCCCAACACCGUCCAGAUGCAGUACGGCGGCCACAUGAUGGACCCGCGCAGCGCCGGCCCGGACCAAUACACGCCGCACGGGUCUGUGUCUCCCUUCUCUCACUCGCCACAUCAAGGGCAGUCGGGGUUCUACCAGCAAUAA